UAACCUAAAAAGUAUGAAAAAUGUUUGACGUUUUAUUGCAAUCGUAAAUACCUCAUAAUUAUGAUGCUAUUAUACAAAUAAAAAUUAAAUAAACCAUUUCCAUUGAACCAAUUCUACCUAAAUAUGACUAAUAUCAGGGUACAAUAAUGGCAGUUGCAAGUUGGAUGUUAAAAAAGAAUCGAAACAUCGGAUCCUCUAGAUAUACUCGAAGUACACCCGUCAAUGAGGAAGAUAUUGUGCAAUUGGAUUUAAAGCGAGAUCCACGAGAAACCGCCAAGGAACUUCUUUUAGACAUUUGUAAAUUGGACGGAAUCACGGAAGGAAAAUGUGUUAACUGUAUAAAUGCGUUUAUUAAACUAUACCUGCAUAUUGAGGGUAAUUUGUCGAAGAUAUCGUAUACAACUGUCGAAAUUCUGUGCUGUUUACGUAUUACUUUGUUUAACAAUUCGAGUUUAGUCCGAUCGGCAGGUUUAAAAGCAAUAAGGCACGUGUUGAUGACCGAAGAUGACAUUCAACAGUUUAAUAAGCUCAAACUUCCAUGUUUAGUCGCGCGGUCGCUAGAUUUGUCGUUGAGGAAUGACAUGGAGAGAAUACAAGCGCUGAGUCUCAUGCAGAAGAUUCUGUUACUGUCGCCUGUCGAUUUCGACAUGGGGAUGGCGCGGAGUCUCGUUGCACUAGCCAAUUGUGGCAUCGAGGAGAAGGAUCGUAUGCUAAGAGCGUGCCUGGCUUGUUUAUGCGAAUUGGGCGUGCUAAAUGCCGAGUUGUUCAUUGCAAGUGGCGGCGUGGCAGCUAUCACCAGGAAUCUAUUGGAAUGUCAAACCCCGCGGAUUGCCGAAUCGCUCUGCGGAGUACUACUUUUAUUAUUAGAUAGGCCUUUCACAAGAAACCACGCAGCUGUCGAUUUGCACUGUAUUGCAGCUCCCUACUGCGACUUCCACUAUCGUCACGGUUGGAUGGACAAAAAUAGGGACGAAAGGGAAUUACGGUUUAAUUGUAGUCGAUUGGCGCUGUUAUCUGUUUUCCGGAGCUGGCCGGGUAUACUGCAUUUUUGUAGCCCCACCAACUCGUUAGGCUUAAAGGCGAUUGUCGAUAUUUUAUAUUUAAAUCAAUUAGAAGUUAGGAAGGCCGUAUUAGAUUUAUUGUACGAACUAUUAGGACUACCUCAGCCGGAGUGGACGGACGAACUGUCCGUGGCACUGAGUGCGGUCGAUCCGGCCGAACCGCAGGCGUCGUGGCGAUUAACUGAAGGUUUUGUAGCCGCGGAAGGACGCUCCGUAUUGCCUCAUUUAGCGAAAACUACUCCUAACAUUACGGAUAUUCACUUGUCGUUAUUAUUGUAUUGUUUCUUGGAAACUGGCCUUCUCUGCGCCUUAGCUGAAGUUAUAGCCACUAGUGACACGUUUAUAAGUGUUCGAGCUACGGUUUUAUUAGGUGAGCUACUACGCCUAAUACAAAUCCUCCUACCACCGGAAUGCUGCAACAUUACACCGCCUCUACCGAAUCUAUUGGAAUAUGCAACGAAGCGACCUCAAGCGCUCGGUGCUGUUACCGCCUUACAACAGCUCCACAAGCUGUUGAAACGGAGGCCCGCAUCGUCCAGUCUAUACCUGGAUUAUAUACUCCAGUCUAGUAGUUUUAUGAAACGAACUCGAAAUUUGGAAAAUAACAAAAAGUACAAAAUUAGUCACACUAAGUCACGGUUGCAUCAGCUGGUACUCAAAGAGAGCGACGAUAUAGUAAAAGACACCGGCGUAUUACUAAGUAAAGACGCUUUCACGUGGAACUGGAGUAUUAUAAAAAUUAUUCUCAAAGGCAAAAGCGACCUGAAACUCAAUUUAGCCGAAUCUACUCAUUUAACGUUUUUAAAGCGAUUAGUCGAGUUCUAUUUGCCUUCGAAUAACCGUUACUCUCACAUGGACCUAACCUCCUCCAAAAACACGCAGGGUUACACCCUCGUCGGAAUCGAACUAAUCCACUGCCUCGCGCGGUUAGAAGAUCCCGACGCUACCAAAUUGCUCAUCGACUUAUUUACGGACAUCUCGAAUCACAUUAAGGCGAUAACGACUAGCAAGAGCGCCCACGAUUGCCUCUUCAGCCCGCAGCACAUGUCGAACACGCAAUGUCAAACGUACUUCUUGUUCAUCGGGCGUUUCGCCACCACCAAAAUUGGAACGAGCGUACUCCUAAGCGUGAAAAUUUUCGAACAAUUGCGCCAUCUAGCGACCACCUCAAAGCACGAUUGCUAUGUCAAACUGAUCGUGUCAUCUUUAAGCUACGAGGAGCCGGGCCACGCGCGCGAUCUCUUCGCGUCCGUCUUGAAGUGUUCCGUCGAGAGCUCCCGACUGUACGCCACCCAGAUCUUGCAAGUACUACUUCGGGCAGGCCUGCCACAGUUCCACAAUUGGGGAAUAAAGUUACUCACCGCACAGUUGGAGGACAAAUCGCGCACCGUACGCCUCACCACCCUCGCCGCCUUGCACGAGGCGUGCGAGGUACCGAACUACCUCGAACAGCUAAUCAAAAUUCAUCCGGACCUACUGCACCUCGGCGAAAAGGGCGUGCUGCUUCUAAUUCGAUUCUUGUCGUCGCCGAACGGCUUCAACAAGCUCAAGAAGAACGGCUUUAUCAGUAACGAGAUACGAAGGUGGGACGAAUUCGUCAAUUACAGGUACGUGCACAUCGUCGAGAACGAAAUCUCGGACACGCUGACGUUGCACCAGCGCGGCGAGGACGGGAGGUACGACAAGAGGCUGAGCUCGUUGAAGGUGACGAGUCGCAAGGACCUAUUCUUACCGCCGCACAUUUACGGACAGCUGACGAGGCACGCGGAGGGGUUUGCGAUUCUGUUGGAGUGCGGAUCUGUGGAUAAAUACGUGCAGUGGAUCGACAACGGUUUGUGCGAGACUGACGACGACAUCCUAAAGUUAAAGGUGGCGUUGUGGAGUUUAGGUCAUUUGGGUAGUUCGUUGAAGGGGACCGAAUUACUGAACAGCAAGGGAAUCCUAGCUUCCAUAAUAAGACUGGUGCAACACUGCGUUGUCUACUCAAUUAGGGCCACCGCCUUCUUUGCCUUAUCGCUAGUGGCCACAAACCGCGCAGGCGCCGAUUACUUAUUCAAGCUAGGGUGGGUGUGUACAAGACACGACCGUCACAAUCGCUGGCCGGUCAUAGAGGAAGAGAAUUGGCAGGAGGAGGUGCAAGACGAACAGCUGUUCAAUUUACCUUUAGGUUCCGACUCCGAGCACACGUCGAGCGAUAACGCUUUCAUGGGCGAGUACAGCGUUAACCUCCCCGACGCCGAUAGCACCACGACGGACGAAGACUUUUUGAUGCCCGUCGAUCGUGUUUUCGGUUUAAAUCAUCAUCAAAAAUCAUCUACGCUUCCGAGCAAUCAAAAUCCAUCCGCGAUUCAGCACAAACGAUCACUCUCAGAAUCAAAAACAUUUGACGCAUUAAAAAUCGUCGAGAGAAAGCCGAAUGAUAAGGUUGAAUUUAAAGUAGGUUCAGACGUGCCGCAUCGGUAUCGCGAUAAUUCGAUUACCGAAUCGACGACGUCCGGCGUCAGCUCGUGCGAAUCUGUCCUGGGAAAAAUCGGCCAGAACGAACGAUUUCAUACACUCAGCCCGAUACCCAGUUCUUCCAGCCUAAGUACCUUAAAGACGUCAGCUGUUCGAAUGCGUCGCCAUUCCGAAUCCACUCGAAGAAUAUCCGUACAAAGUACAACCCCGUCGGAAAGGUCGACGAUUUCACCGGCAGGCAGUAUCAGUGGAAAACUAAGCCAUCAAGAUAUGGUCGGCUACACAAUACUUCGUUCCCUACGUUCGUCGCGAAUUACUCACAUGCAAGUUGAAGAUGAUUUCUCCGAUGUGUUCGCACCUGAAAGUUUACUCACAAACAAAAACGUGGACCACGCGCCGGAGACCAGUUUGUCCGAUUAUCGCGUGAAAAGUAUCCGAAACAACUAUUUGGACAGCAUGAGUCUGAGUUCACUGUCAAGCGUGCAGAAGUUCUCGAUAAAGGACGAGCAGAAUAAGGGACAGUGCUACAUGGGGAUCUGCCUGCCGCGCGCGCUGAUAGGUCUCUUUCCCGAUAAUCAAAUAAUCGCGCGUCGCUUAUCGUUUACAGGAAAGAACGAUCUUUUAGAUUCCGGCCUAAUCGAAGGCGGCGAAGAAAUCAAAAUAAAAAGGAAUCGAUUUAGGCACGAUAAGGAUACCUGCUUAAGUUGCUCAAGAAUUAAACAAAGAAAAACCAAGAAUGAUAACACUAAUAAUGUAUCAAAUUCAGAGGUGGACGUUGAAUUGAGCGAUCUAAAAAAUGAAGUAUUAAAACAAGUUGAGCGACUCUCAAACCCAGUAUGGAUCAAACAGGCAAGACAAGCUCUCUUGCACUACAAGCAGCAGAACCCGCAACUCUUCCACGACGCCUGCCUCUACUCCGAAGUGUGCAAGAUGGUCUCCGAGAACACAUAUCGGCUGGGACCGCGCCGCCUCCUCCAAGAGCUCUUCUUAGACAUCAACUACCGAAACCUAAACAUCGAACCGACCAAAAUGCUAUCCGAAACGAAAACCUCGCCCGACCUGGACAGCACCCUCGUGCCGAAUUCGGACUCGAGCGCCGACAAAGCGCUGUAUUUAAAUCUGGCGGCGGAACAGAGGAAGGCGGAGCUGUCGACGAGACGACAGACGACCUACGGUUUCAACAUCAACGAUGAGUUUCUCUCGCCGAUUCGCGUCGAGCCGCGCAGUCCGCCGUUGAGCAGCGUGAAGGAGGAGAAUUUCAGCAGCGUCGAGAAUCUGCUCUCCGGCGAGAAUUCGUCGAGUAGGCAAAGCGCCGAAGUGCAGCCGAAAAUAAAAACGCUCGAUUCGCUGAAUCUUUCUUAUAGUCAAAAUAAGUUUCCUAUUAGAAGUAGAAGCAAAAGUGAUCCUAAGAGUGUUAUAAAAUAGCUGUUGUAGUCUGUAGAUGUUAGAAUGUAAUUCUGCGAGUUAAUUUUUCGAUAAGUACGGAAGCGUUAGAUUAAUUUUGCCCAGAUAAAUGUGUAAAAAAGGCCAUCCUACGCUUCCGUAGUAAAGCUAGCGCGGACACGUAUUUUUAAUUUUGUAUAACACCACUUUUAUUGAGAAGUUUUGAAAUAUAUUAAGUGUGAUAGUUGGAAUAAGUUGUACAGGUGACUAUAGCUUUAUUAUUACUCGUUUGUCUGCAAACUGUAAGUCAUUUUCUUUCCAGGGUUUUUGUUGAUGUUCCUAACUUAUAUAUUUUACACACUCCUAUGCAACUAUAAAGUCUUAGCUUUAGGAUCAUUUUGUAAUUUUGAUUUAAUUUUUUUAUAUGUGUAAUUUCGUAACAUUGUACAGAUUCUCAUCAUUAAGUUAUUUAUUUAAAUUUUUGUAUUUAUUACUUUUUGAAUAAGAUUUUAAAAGA